AUGAGCGUUCUACUAGAAACCACUGAAGGAGAUCUUGCUGUUGACUUGGAUUUCGACAAGUGUCCGGUUGAGUCUUUUAAUUUUCUAAAACUAUGCAAGAGUGGCUUUUUCGAUUAUCAAUGCUUCUACAACCUUAAUAAGGAUUACUCUGUAGAAUGUGGGGAUGCUCUGUUAGGAAACGAGUAUCGCGGGAGUCUGAGGAUACACAGCACUUCAAUCCAAGGCCUGUGUGGGAACAAAGAGCCGUCCGCAGAGUUGUUGAAGUCAUCACAGGCCUAUAGUAAAAGUACCCUGGCUCAUCUAGGGGACAUUGCAUUUCUUGUUUCGCUUUUAGAAAACUCAACUCCAGUCAUAGGCUCCCGUUUCAUGAUUUCCCUCGCAGAAGACGACACAAUAUAUGAGAAUAUUGUGCGGUUUGGCAGGGUUGCGGACGAAUAUUUGCAGGCGCUGCGUAAAAUGUUCAUUAAGGUUACAGAUGACCAAAAAAGGCCCAACGUUGACAUCCGUAUUAAAAAAGCAUAUAUUUUGCAUGACCCGUUUCCAGACCCAGAGUGUUUUCGCUGCUUCCAGAUUGAAAUGCCAAUAAAAACUGUAAGGUUACCUCCGCACCUUACAAACAGGCCUAAUCAAGAAUCAGGCCUUGAUGAGCAGAAAAAGAUAGAGAGGGAGAUGCGUAGCAAAGAGUUGACACUCGAAAUUCUUGGCGAUAUUCCGUAUGUCGGAAUAAAGCCUUCUGAAAGGGUGUUAUUUGUUUGCAGGCUGAAUCCUAUAACGAGAGCAAAAGACUUAGCAACAAUCUUCCACAGAUUCGGGGAAAUAGAUGUUAUUGAAAUUGUGCGUGACAAAGAAACAGGCAGUUCUUUGGGUUACGGUUUCAUAGAGUUUACAAAAAAGGAAUCGUGCGAGAUGGCAUACUCUAAAAUGGAUGGUGUCCUAAUUGAUGAUAGAAGAAUCCACGUAGAUUUCUGCCAAAGCGCUAGGAAAUUAAGGUAG